CACUUUUAAAAGAGCAGUACAGAACAUGCACUGUCUCACUAGCUAAUAGAUACUGAAAUAGUCAUGUAAAUGGAGACCCUUUCAAACGAAUUGUCCAUUCCCUCCUACCACCUUGUAUGCAAGUCUUUAGAGUAUGUUUUUCCAAACAGUUCUUGGCAAUUCCAUCUCCCAAGCAUUUUUACAAAGGACAGAAAAUUGUUUUGGAAAAGGACCAAACAUUAACUGUUAAAAGUCAAACAAAGACGUAUGAGUCAGGAAACUAAUUUUAUAUAUAUAUAUAUGUGUGUGUGUGUGUGUGUGUGUGUGUGUAUGUAUAAAUAUAUAUGAAAUGAGAAACAAAAUUCAGUUUGGAAAACAUUUUUAUUAAAAACUGUAGCUGUUUGUACUCUGGAAAACCCUGGAGGUCUAAAGAUGAUAUCAGUAUAUAAAUAUUCAGGGCUUCCUGACUAUUAUUUUUUCAGUAAUGACUUUUUUUCCCUCCUUUACAAUUUCUUUGACCUUUAGAAAACAGUCACUAUUUGUAGCUUGAUUUUUUCAAGAUGUUCUCCAGUACAUAAAGAUGGCAGAGAAUUCAAUUUAAAAGUCAACUCAUGAAACACAAUAAUAAUAGUCAGAAGAUAGCAUUGCUUUAGGCAAUAUUUUAUUAAGUGCACAGCCAUUCAAAGCAUUUUAUCUUGGAGCAUAUUAUAUCCUAUUCAAAGGAGUUCACUUCCUUCAAUGCUACAGCAAAAGCAUUUUUCAAGAGAAAUGAUAUUUGAAGUAUCCACAGGCAUAUGGAUAAAAUGCUCAGCAUUCAGCUGUAACAGAGAUGUGUACAGAGAACUGUCAAAAGGACUGGUAUAUAAAAAGUCAAAAGGACUGAUAUAUAAAAAGGUGUUUUUUUUGUUUUUUGCUUUUUUGUUUUUUGUUUUUUCCCCUUUAAAGAGAACAACGCUUUCAUGAGCUCCCAUAGAACAGCUGCAAAAAUACCUUCAGUCUGGCAUCUGGAAUUCCUGAAGGUGACUUGAGGAUUUGUGGCCAAUGAAACAUUACACAAGAGCACUCAUCAUGUUGUAAAAUACCUCUGAUGGUUUAUUAGACUCUCACAGGACAAAAAAUGAAAGGUGCCCCAAGCAUGUUAUUCUGUUAUAAUUACAUAAAGCACAAAGUUAGAAGGAAACGUUAAAACCUAGACAUCCCCUAAGAGAACCAAACACGAAUACUUCUCUGUGACCUCAAUAGUAGAUAAUGAAUAACUUGUGACAUUACAAAGCGAUCAAUGGAGACGUGGUGUCCAAGUAAGAAUUCUCGCUGAUGAAAGUCAGCAUGCUUUCUCAUGAUUUACAACAAAGCAAGAUUAAAACUCAGUUGCCAAAAACUUAUCUCGCUUGACCUUAUCUAGCACAAGAAUUUGUUCUAGCCCACUCCACAGAAAAGACAUCUGAUAAGAGUAACAGCCAGUAAUAGAUUACUUUGCGUUGAGAGCAAGGAGAGGGCACUGAAAGAACUGUUCUUUUCAAAGUUCAGCGAAGACAGUAUGCAUGAUACAAUAUAUGGUCUUUUUGAUAUGUCUGUUUUUCUACCUUUUCAAGACAAGAUUUAGUAAAGUACAAGAAAUGAUACUAUUUUUAAAUAAAUGAUCACAUAUGCUACAUUCAUUUAUUCUUAGAAUAAAAAGAUAAACUGUUUCUUCAUAAAAAAACACUACAGUUCAAUAUUUUCACUUGUAAAAAAGUAUUUCCCAUAUUUAUAUUUUUAUCAUUUAUAAAGAAGUUUUAAUAACUUGCAUUUACUGAACUUAGCUUUUCAAAUAUGUUCUAAUAAAAGGUUCUGUGGCAGACAGAAAAAAAAAAAAAAAAAAAAAAGCCAGUGCAGCAAAUGGAGAGAAUAACCAAGAAAGGUUGCAGGGAUGUGACAGAUGGCUUUACAUUCCUGGGGAAACGUUGACUCGCAUUGCUGAUGCAAUAGCCACUACACAGCUGCAAUUGGGUUUUUGCCUUGUUGCCAGUGCAGAGAAGAGUUUCCCCUUUCUGAUUGUUUCCAGGGCCUUUCCAUGAACAAAGCACAUUUGCAUCAGCAUCUCCAAGGGACAAAGACCUAUUUGCAGCAUCAAACCUUUCCUGUCAUGAUUGGAACAUAAAGACAUGCACUGCUCUUCAGCCUUUAUCUGCACAGUUUUAAACAUUUAAUUUGGAGUUCUGGGAACAGAAUAUUCUGGGCCUUUUUGUUUACUUUUUUGGACAGGCGUGAUUUUCAUCCAUGACCAUAAAUGCCUACUUAUCUCAAAAGAAACUCAAUUCUUUCUGUGCCUUUUCAGGUGUGCUGUCUGAGAACAUUAACUUAAUUGUAAUGUGGCUGUACUCAGUGGAAGUUCUCACAUCCAGAGACAUCCUUCAGAUUUGAACAUUACUUGCACUGCUGUGAAACUAAAAGGCUAGAAGUGGAGAAAAAAAUAUCGACACUUUUCAGCUGUGAUUAGCACACUUUCCUUAUAGCAUUCAUGUUCUACAAACACACAAAAAAAGUUUCUUUUUUGCUAACUUGGCAAAGCAAAAUGUGUAAAAACAGAAGUAUUUUAUCCCUCGUUAGACUUUUCAGCACAGUAAAAACUAACAUGGUAAUGUUGACAGUGAUUGUUCCACAUAAGCUAACCUCUUACUGAAAAACAAGAGAAGAGACACCAGAAAGGAGCAAGUUUUCUUCCCUUUUAUCUCUACUAUUUCUUUUCCCUUUUCUUUCAUUCCUAUCUUCAUCAUUUAUUUUCUUAGUUUGUUUGUUUGUUUGUUUGUUUUUCCUUGAAAAGGAACUGACUUCUUGCCACCUCCUAUACAGAUUCAAAAAACAUUCUUCUACACCCAGUUCUCAUGGUUUGAAGGCUGGUUGCAAACCAGGCCUGGUUUGAGUGAAAGGGAGAGUUCACAGCGAUCACUUACACACUACUGUCUCAGGCUGGAUGAACUCUGUCUGCCUAAUUUCAAAUCCCCUUGAACAUCAAAGGUCUAACUCACACUUCAGGGUUAGCAGGGUCACAUUCCACCUAAAAGAAGAUGAAUACUGCCUGAACUGUUCACAACAAGCUCCUUGUUUGACAGCUUUUACCCCAUUUUCUCUUCUCAAAUGACAUGCAAACAAACAUAAAUUUUGUCAUAUUCUCUAAUAAUUCACUGAACACAUUAUGCGAAUGAGUGUCUUGCUCUGGGUUAUCUGCUACGAGCUGAGCUUUAAGCUUUCAGUACUUGUACUAUGACAUUCAGGCUGCAGUUUUCUACCUGGUGGUAUGCAUGGCUUCUGGAAGGCUACCAAAUUCACAGAAAGGUUUCAACAUGGCCACUCAGUUGUUCCUGAUUCUCUUAGGAAUAUGCUUAGUUCAUGCAACGCUUUGCCCUUGACAAAUGACAUCAAUGAUGUUCAACUAAGGAAGCCAGAAAAAGAAAACAGAAGAGGUCAUAAGAGUAUCAGUAAUUGUGGUUGAACAGAGGGCCUCAUCUAUGGAGGCAAUGGGAAAAAUAAAGAUAAUAUCAUAAAUAUCUUUAUUUAGGAACAACCAUUCCUCAGUAGAACCAAGGAUGGUGAAAAUAGAUACUGCCAUUCCCUACUGCCAUUCCCUACAUGUAUAUAUGAUUCUUGGAGCCCAUCUUGAAGAAUUUCACUAUCUUUUCAGGAGGCAUCAGAUUAUGCACAUCAGAACACACUGCUUAGCUCUGCAGAACAUGAAAACUAACCUACCUAAGGAAAAAUAGCAUGCUGGAAGCCAUAAGCCCAACUAACCCAAAGCAAGCAGUCAGUUAACAACCCAACAUUAUAUUAUUUUUUUUGUCAAAAACUAUCUCCACACUAGCUAUGUAUCUCAGAUCAAACUCAGGUUAAAAACUAAUAUGAAAUAGACAUAUCCUUGAAGAACACUAUUAUAAAAGGCUUUCAAGCAGAACUUGUAUAGUAGUCCCAAAAGAUGUAUACUACAAGUGUAUUGCAAAAUCUCAUUUCAAUAGCAUUUUCCCAUUAGUAUGAAAGAAAUAUGAAAAAAAGUAAGUGUUCUGUGAACUUAACUCAGACUGUUGGAAGAAUAAACAAAUCUUAUUUGGACCACAAGAAAGAGGCAGGCAAAUCUUAGGGAAGUUUCUUUUACAGCUAAAUUAAAGAAGCAAAUAGCAUCCAUAAAAGAGAGAGUCAGGAUAUACAUUUGUAAUGCUGUUUUCCUCCUAAGACAGAAAGUUAAUUAAGGAGUAUUCUUUCUAUUAUUUCUCAGAUGUUGUAUUACAGCUUAGAGACCUUGAGUAAGGUACCGUAACAGGGUAGAGAAUUUGAAUGAAAAAGAAACAGUACUAUACGGAUUUGUGAGGUGGAUGUAUAAAACUGAUAGGAAAACAAACUGCAACACUUAUGAACACUACUGACUGGAUUCUACAAUCAUAUUUGCAAUACUGUUAUGCUAAAUCUCAACCCUGCUCUACUUUAAUGUUGCUAGUGUCUGAAUGCUAAUGCAUUAGAUAAAAAUGACUAUACAAGGCUACACAAACAGCAGUUUCACCUGCAGUAUAAUGAUCUAAAUUGGCAUGGGCAUUCUGAAUAACUAAAUACCUAAUAAUUACUUUAAUAAUUAAUCUUAUGAAUACCACAGGAAUUAAUGUUGAUAGAAAAUUACUUGGGUGGGAACAAUGAAAAAUAGCUAUGCACAAUGGAAUGGUAUUAAAGGAGGUAAAAAUCUGCACCAGUUAUAAAAUGUUUCCAAACACGUCUACUAAAAGGACAUGGUAGAAGCUCCUUAUCACUUAACAAUAUUAACAAAUAGGCCAAAAUAAACUGGAAAAUGUAAUAAAGUUAAUGACUAAUCUCACACUGAUGGAAUAAUCUUGCAGUAAGGAUGGAGAAUGUUCCAAAACCUCUUUUCCAUUUAAAAUUUCUACCAUCUGUAACCUUGUGGACAUGUUAGGGCUAUCCAACCAUGGGUAUUAUGUCUGGCUCCAGAAAGCAGAGUGAUGCCAGCAUAUAACUCAAUUGCCAGAGAUUGGAAACCACCAGAGCACUGCUGUUGCUAACUGCAUUCCCAAAAGUACAGCCUUCAGUGUUAUCUUUACAGCCUCCUGAAACUGAUUCAUCCCUUUUGGGGAACUCUGAAAAGAGCAGUUGCCUAACAUAACGAAACAAAAAGAAGACAGCUUAGCUCACCUCUACUGUUCAUACAGAGAAUGAUUACUGUUUGUUAGGAAGAAUAAAAUAUUCACAGGAUGCCUGACAAUGGCUGGUAGCUCAGUAUAUUUUCAUGUAACAAAGCUCUGAUUGCUAUCCUUCACCUGAAAAUAAAACCAUAGCUAUUUUGUGGUGCUGUUAUUGAGAUCUCCCAGUUAAGCAUUUUAAUAUUUAGUAAUGCACCGUGACAAAUUUAUGCUGGUUAUAUUUCUCUCUAUUUUCUGAAGCCCUUAAUUUUUUGCUGCAGAAUAUAUGCAGAGAUCCAUUUUCAAAAUGUAGCUGUAACUGCAGAUGAUUCCUCUUUGAAUGUCAUGCUAGAAUAUCUGAUUUUCCAAUGUUAGGUGCUCAUCACUCUCUGAAAAUCAGGCUGGAAGAAAGUACCUAAAUCAUUCAUCACUUUAGCAAAUUAAAUUUUUAAGAUACAAAGACAUUUUUCUUUCAUCCUAGAAUUAAGACAAUACUGCUAAGGGCAUACUAGAGGAACUGAGCGGAACUCUACUGCCUUGACAUCUUUUAAAUUUAGGUGAAGUGUAAGAAGAAAGGCGCAUGUACCUGCAUGCAUAUAGCUGCUGCUCUUGUCACAAAAUCUGCUAAUUAUCCAAACUAUUUACCUCUAGAUGAGAAUUAAUUUAAAUUCAUUCUUCUUCCCUAGUAUUUCAAGCAAAUGAACAAAUCAACCAAAGGAAAUUGUUCCUUCUGUCCCUAGUAGGCUGCUAACCAUAUAAAAAAUUGUACUGAUUAAUUAAAACUGCUUUUUAAAAGAACUAAUUAAAUCAGAGGAAAUCCUUGCCCACAUAAAUUAGUUUGUUUACAGAGCAAUACUGAUUUAUUUGAAUUUGGUAAUCUAGGUCAGGACUCUGAAAUAUUUGCAUCCUUCAUGUUUAACGUACUAUUUACACUGUACACAUUUUGUUUUAGUGCACUGAAGGAAUGAAACUUUUGAGAAGGUGUAAUAAGUCUGACACUCUUUUAUAGCAGGUAAACUCAAUUAAGACAUCAUCAUUGCUUGAUAAUAUGAAGUCAGCUGUGCUUACAGAGAUACACUCAUGACCAGUUUGCUAAUUCCAAAUUUAUGUUGAAAUUUAUAUUUUCAUUACUUUAAUAAAAUUGUUUUAAAAUAAGCAUUUAUUUUAACUAUAUUUGUGGGUAAACAAGGCCUUCGGCAAACAUCACCACAGGAUACCUAACAAAUUGAACAGACUGGGAAUAUGCUUUCAAAUAGCAUGUUUCAUUGCAAACAUCUUCAAAUUCUAACUUAAAAAUUGAAUCUGGGAGUAUAAAUAGGAAAGCAAAUUAGUUAUAAGUCUUCUACAGUACAUGCAAAAGCUGCUGUUCCUUUUGCUGGUGGAGCCUCAAACCACUGAGACGAAACUGCUUCUUUUGUCUCUCAAAUAAUAUAGAAAUCUGCUUAUCCAUGAAGAUCUAAUUAUUCAUGCUUCUUGCACAGAAAAACUUGCAAUUUUACUGUUUCUUUCAAACUUGUAUUAGAUGUACUUCAAAGAAGCACAUCCAGUUACAAACAAUUGAAAAAUCUGCGAAUUAUUUAUAUACACAUCCUUAUUUUGUGUGUGUGUGUAUAAUCUGCAUAUGUAUAUGCGUUGACUUGUCCAACAAAGAAUUCCCAAAAUACUAUAAAUACCAAUAUCUAUAUCUAUAGCUAUCUACCUAUAUUGUCCAUAAGUAUCUAAGGUCUGGGAGACAAGGGGAUGAGGCCAGGCUCUUUUCAGCAGUGUGUGGCAAUAGGACAAGUGGAAACAGCCACAAACUGGAGCAUAGGAAGUUUUACACAAAUGUGGGUAAGAACUUUUUCACAAUGAUGGUGAUGGAGCACUGGAACAGGCUGCCCAGAGAGAUUGAAUAUCUCUGGAGAUAUUCAAGAUCUGCCUGGACACCAAGUAGUGCAACCACGCUCUAGGGAGCCUGCUUUGGCACAGGGGUCUAGAGGUCUUUUCCAGCCCUAAAAUUCUGUGAUUCUGUAAUUCUGUGGAUAUUGAGGUAGUUAAAAUUGUUUUGACACAGAGUCAGCAUUUGUGGUUUACAUUCAUCUUUAUAAUGCACGGUUACUUAAAACCUUUAUCUAACUUACUUAACAGGUGACCAGAAAUUUGUUGCCUUCACAAUUACUUCUGCUCUUGUUAGCACCAAAAAAGGGGCUCGAUUCAUACUCUGCUCUUGGAUUUGUUUUAACAGCAUGUGUGGUCCAGUUUGUAGUUUAGAUUGGAACAGAGUUCAAAAAAGCAGAAGUCCAGCAAAGCAUUGUGCAAUAUUUCCAUGUUUACUGUACUGGUUGCACUGGAUAAAUACCCUCAGUGAUACUUACUAUUUCAUAAAUAAAUAACAAUCUUCAAUUUUACAAGGAUACUACUUGAUUUCCAAGUAAAUAUUAUAAAUGGAAAAGGCAAAUUAAAAAGAAAAAAAAAGAAAAAAAAAAAAAAGAGGCACUGAAUACAAAUAUAUACUUAAGAUAAGUUUAUGUAUGCAGUUAACCCUUGCAGCACUGCAUUUGCAGGAUCCAGGAUAUUAAUAUUCCAGAAUUACUAAUUAUAUCUUGGCUCCGACUUCUUCUAAAAGACAAUACCUUCUUUUUCAGAGUCCUCCAAUUCUAUAAGAAGAGAAGAUAAUUGUCACUCCUUUUUAUACUUUGCUCCCACAGCAUAGAUAGAAGCACAGUUGGUUUUUAAUAGAUCAAUUCACUCCAGUUCCACCUGUCCAGGUCACUUUCCACUUCCCCUUAUCUGCUGACGCUGCAGUAUUUCCCCUAUGACCAAGAAGAUGUCAGUGGCAGACCCUCUGGAGUUUUGGAGAGCUGAGGCAGAGAUUGUAUCUAUGGAAACCUUUAGAUGAUGUGUGAGUUACACACUUAAUUCAUUGCAACUCUUCACAUUGAACUAGCUGUACAUAAUAGGCCAGAGAAAAACUCUGCCCUUUCAGGAGUCAAAGGCAGUAACAGGGCAAGCUAGAAUGCCUAAAAGCACCAUGCCCAACAGCAAUGGAUCUUCCUUGUAGUACAUCUUCUCCAUCACUGAAAUCAGCAAUAUCUCCAAGAAGCAGCAAAGAUUAAUGUUCUGUAAUGAUCUUACAACAGUGUGACAAAAAAAAUCAAAUAACUCUGCUUUUCUCCUGAGUAACAGUAUCCUGACGUUCCAUCCUGCAUACCUGCCAGCUCAUCUGGGCCUGUCUGCUGGCAGGCAACCUGGGAGCAUCUUCACACAUGGCACCCACCAGAGGCUAUACAGUUGACAUUAAACAGUCUCCUCACAGUCCUCUGACGCUAAUUUAGUGAACUUUGCUCUCCCAUUUGCUCCAAAACCAUGUGUCAUGACAUGCAGCACAUAGACUCAAGCACCUUUGCUUUGAACAAAUCACAGUCAAUCUGCAGCACAUUGUGUGGAAAAAGGCUAUGAAGUGUACUACAUCAAGGACAGUCCCAAACUGAAUGGUGUGCAAAUGGAUGUGACCAACCUGUUCCAGAAGGGAUCAGUCUGCAUACAUGCAAGAAAAUUUGAAAUAACUGGCCUGAGGGUCAGUUACUGGAUGCCCUUAAUAAAGCUCAUAAGACUUCACACUGGAAAAAAUAACCUUAAAAAUUUAUAGUCACUAAUUAGUCCUACAGCAUUAAUUACAGUAACACCAGCUACAAGCCUCAUCAAAUUUGGGUGACUUUCAGUAAGUACAAUUAUUUACUACUGCUCUACUUCUCUUUUUUUUUUUUCUUUCUCUCCCCCUCCCUCUUCUUUCUUCCCUUUCUCUCCUUCUACUGCCUUCUUCCUCCCCUACCCUCCCUUUCUCUCUCAAUUUCCUCUUUCUUUCUUGCACUUCCUCCCUCUCUUCGUUUCCCUCUCCUGCUUUCUCCCUUCCUUCCUUCAAUUCUCUCCUUUCUCCUAUAACUAAAGGGAGAGAAGGGAUGAUCACACUGGAAAUACCUGCACAUGACAGUUCAUGUUUUGGAUACAAUUCAUGUCCAGUUCAGGUGACUAACUCUGGAUGCUGAUCUCCCACACAACCCUGUAGACUCAAUAACAAGCUGCAUUCCAUGAAAUGUGAAGCAAAAUCCUCAUCUUGAUGGCUUCACUUGCCCUUUCUUUCUCCACUGCAACAAAAACUACCACAGAUCAUGCUGGGAAUCUCUAAAUCUUUUCCUUUUGUAACAUUAUAGAGUGUAAAAGUUACAGUUUAUGGGUCUCUGACGGUACAUCAACUCCAGGAAAUUAGCAGUAGUGCACGUCCAUGGUCACUCAUCUGCAUAAGCUACUGUGAGCGAAAUCCUAGUGGGUCAUUUCUAGUGAAUGAAUGCAGGUGUAUGAGCAGGACUUUCACCUCCUGCCAUGAUCCCCAGACACCAACAGAAAACCUGAGAGAAUGACUGGCAGAGUUGAGUAAGAGGCUAUCAUUCACCAACAGGUGAAGAAAUGCUCUGUCAGAACUGACAGAACCUAAUUAUUACAGAAAAAGUUGCUCUCUAAAUACAGAUCUCCAUCAGGCACAUACUGAGACAUUACCAGAUGCACAAACAGAAAUCUUCAUCAAUUCACAGGAUUCCUGAAAACAUUUUCAAUAACUGUUGUAAAUCUAUUCAUGUGUAGAAAAAGCAACAAAUCCAACAAAAAAUUGUCCCUAAAAAUCUUUUAGAAUUAUAAAAUCAUAGAAUCCACAGGGUUGGAAGGGACUUUAAAGGUCAUAUAUCCCAAGUCCUGUGCAACAAGCAGGGACAUGCAAAGCAUCAUCAGGCUGCCCAGGGUCUGAUCUAGACACAUGCAGGACCUUGCAUUUGGCCUUGCUGAACUUCAUGAGGCUGGCACGGGCUCACCUCUCAGGCUGUCCAGCUCCCUCUGAGUGGCAUCAACCACACCACUUUGCUUGGUGUCACCCGCAAAUUAGCUGAGGACACUGUCCAUGUCGCUUACAAAGAUGCUAAAUGGCACCAGUCCCAGCACCAAUCCCUGAGGAACACCACUCGUCACCAGUCUCCACUUGGACACUGAGCCAUUGACCGCAACUCUCUGAGUGUGAGCAUACAGCCAAUUCCUUACCCAACAAGUGGUCCAUCCAUCAAAUCCAACUUAGUGACCAGGAUAUUGUGCGGGGCAGUAUCAAACACUUUGAACAGGUCCAGGUGGAUGACAUCAGUUUCUCUUCCUUUAUCUAGUGACACUUUGACUCCAUUCCAGCGGGGGUACAGCCAUGGGAGAAGCAAGCCAUGAAAUCUGGCUUUCCUGCUUUCCUUCUAAAAAUUCUCUUCAUUGAUGUGACAUUACAAAGUCUUUGUGGUCACCCAGCAACUGGUACUGGUGCCACCACUCAGUUGCUGCCCAGAUGCUGGUGCUGCUGGUGACUUGACUGAGCUCAGGUCAGAGUGACAGCCAGAAAGCAAGUCACAGAAAGGUGCAAUGUUCAGCUCAAGGCUUUCCCUACUCCCCCUCUUCCACUUGUCCUUCCUGUUCAUGAGCAGCCUUGGCCAUUCUGGACACCCCUCCUGGGCCACAGUUAUGUGGGAUAUGGCUCCUCAGGACAUGGAGAAGCUGGACACUGGCAUGGCAAGCCAGAAUUAUUUACUAACCACCAUACCUCCAGGACCAGUUUUAGUUUUCAUUUCAGCACCUGAAUCCAUGGAAGUGCUCCGCAAGAACAGCACAGAGCUGGUCCUGCUCGGCAGCAUCUUCUCUGUGGUGAUUUACCUGAGGAGAAGAGCCAGGAGGUGCCACAGAGAGGUGAGUAACAGAAGUCAGGCCAUCCAGAUGAUGCCCAAGUUUCUCAGGAAGAGGCCCAACCCAGCUGCAAAGAUCUCAGGUCCCCAAAGCCCUUUUCGUCAUGCUCCCAGCCCUUUCAUUUCCAAAGAGGACCAGAAACUCUCAGCUGCCCCAGGGAUACCGCUAGAACUGCUGCAAAUGCUGCAAGCUGCUCUGCCAACUGAAGGCAAACCUUGCCUUGAUGGAGUCAUGCUAAAACGUGCGAGACGCUGCUACCAGCAGGAGGAUGUUUCCAAGAGGCAAGACAUGGCAAGAUCAUGUGAAGAUGGGGAAGAAAACAGAGCCUUGUCUUUGCAUACCAGUACAAGCAUAGCUCCUGAGAGCUCCAGAGCAGCUGUAAACUGAAGGGGAUCUGGCCAGAGACACCAUCACUGUACCAGGGCACUGCCACAGGACAGGAAAGGAGCAGGAAGCUAUCCAACUGCAGAAAAAGCAAAGCUGGAAGCAAACAGACCCCUAAGACUGCUCAAUUUUAUUGUGUAUUCUAAAUCUAAUUCUGUAUUGUAUAUAGAAUAAAUAUGUUUGAUUUUAUUAGAACAAAAUCAUGCAUUUGCUUUCUCUUGUAGUAUAAGAGAGGGUAAUUCUAAAGUAAUAACCUCUUUUCACCUCAUUUUCUGGGAAGUUCUUUUCUGUACAUUGUGGUGUCUGAAAUAGUGAACUAUAGCCCAAAGGAGAGACACGUUCAGUAGUACCUCAAAAUUAUAUGAACUCAUCAAUCAUAUUUUCACCACAAAGAAACCUGAACACUAAAGACAGCUGGUGACUUCUAAUAAUACCACCCUGCCCUACUGCUCAUGCACAUAGCACUGAGAGCAAUAGAUCAGGGGAUGCAGAGGCAACACCCCCUGUGCUGGCACCCCAUACUUAACAUUCUGGAUCACAGCCUCCAGGGUUCUCACCUGGGCCCCAGUAGACAGGCAGACCACAGAAACACAGAAUAUUUUGGGUUGGACAUGCAGAGCAUCAUCAGGUUACUCAGAGCCUCAUCCACCCUGGCCUUGAAAGUCUCCAGGAACGGGUUAUUCACCACAUCUCAGAACAAUCUGUUCCAGUGCCUCAUCACCCUCACUGUAAGACUUUUUCCUUACAUCCAACCUAAAUCUACCCCCUUUAAGUUUGAAACACUUUUUCCCUUGUCCUAUCAACUCGGACCCUGCUGAAGAGUCUCUCACCUUCUUUCUUGUAGCUUCGCUUUAGAUACUGAAAGGUCACCAUCAGGUCACCUCACAGCCUUCUCUUCUUCAGCCUAAACAGUACCAGCUUUUUCAGCCUGUCCUCAAAGGAGACGUUUUCCACCCUUGGGAUCAUUUGCGUGGCCAUCCUCUGGAUGUGCUCCAAUAGGUCCAUGUUUCUUGUACACUGAGGACUCCACAUCUGAAUGCAGUACUCCAGGUGAGGCCUCACCAGCACAGAGUAGAGGGGCAAGAUCACAUCCCUUGACCUGCUGGCCCCCAUUUUUUUAUGCAGCUCAGGACACAGUUGGCCUUCUGGGCUGCAAAGGUAUAUUGCUGGCUCAUGUCCAGCUUACCAUCUACCAGUAUCCCCAGAUCCUUCUCUGCAGGACAGCUCAUUUCAAUCAUUUCAUUCCCCAGCUUGCAUUGAUAGUGAUUGUUGCCUGGCCAUGGUGCAAGAUCUUGUAUUUGCAUUUGUUGAACCUUAUACAUUUCUACUGUGCCCACUUCUCAAGCCUGUCUAGGUCCCUCUGGAUGGCAUUCCAUUCCCCUGGUGUGUUGACUACACUCCACAGCUUGGUGUCAUCAGCAGACCUUUUAAAAGUUAGUGUCCUGAUUUUACUCUUUGCCUGUCUCAUAUUCCUCUGGAGCAUGAACUCAACCAUAGCAUGGUCUCUACAGGUCAGCCAGCCUCCAAUCCUGAUGUCACCAAUCAGCUCAUUUGCACUGAUGAGAAACAGGUCCAGUACUGCAUCCCCCAUCUAUUACUCUGGCUCUGGAACCUAUCCUCAGUGCAUUCCAGGAGCCUCCUGGACUGCCUAUCUCACCAUGCUACUUUUCCAGCAAAUAUCCACGUGGUUGAAGUCCCCCAGCAGGAUAAAUGCUUGCAAUCAAGAUGCCUCCUGUAGCUGGAGUAAGAAGGCCUUAUUGAUAGGCUUCGUUUGACCGAGUGGCCUGUAGUAGAUACCAACCACAAUGUUCCCUUUGCUGGAAUUUGAGAGAAAUUUACCAAAUUUAAUGUUUAUGUGAAUGUGAACUGCUAAAUUUUAAGCUAAACAACCUUUUUAUUAUUAUUAUUUUCACAUUUUCUAUAUACUCCUGCAACAUGAUGGAAAGCACAACAGUGACAACAGAACAGCAAGAUCCCAGGCUACAGCAUGUUAGGAUUUGCUCAAAUGCAACAGCAGUGGGCACAGAAAUAAGGGAAAGAAACUGCUUGCCUACAGAAGGCUUCAGAUAUGCAGGGACCUCUACAGAAGUACCUUUCUCACAGAAGUACCUCCUCUGCCAACCCUUACAUGAGAUUUGGGAAGGGAUGGAGCCUAGUUCCAACCCUUUCGGUCACUCAGGUGCAAUGCAUGCACCUGAGCUCCCCUUGGUUGUUCCUGCCUUCCCAACAGAUGCUCAAUCACUGUUUCAAGCCACGACUUAGCAUUUUCACUACAACUCCCAGUGUAAAAUAGGUCAGAUAAUUUUUAACACUGCAAGAAUGAAAAACUAAGAGAUGAGAAGAUCCACCAGGAAAGAGCUUAAGAUAAAACAGAGGAAAAGAUACCAGGCUUAAAAAAAAAAGUGCCACAACCAAUAGGAGAUUCCUUUUCUAUCUGCCAUAAUGACUGUUAGUGGUAGAAGACUUAUUCUGUAAUAGCUUGGAAAAUUAUUAUUAGAGAACAACACUGACUGUUUUACAGAAAAGGAUGGCCUAUUUUAGAAUUCAAAUAACAACCAGAUCCUAUUUUACUGUCCAGUCAUGACAUAUUUUCCAAAUGAUUCUUUGUGAAAAAGAGUUGCUUUCCCGCAUACUCUUAAGUCUACUCUGAAAACCCAAAAGCUGAAUUUGGCAAAACUGCUUCUAGUGCCUGAAAACCUGCAGCCAAGAAGAGAGGUCAGAGAUUUUUUCCAUUGGUUUAGAUUCACAGAAGGCAAGACUUCCUUCCUCCAACAGAGCACCACGCACCCCAAAGCCCUCAAGUGCCAAACAGCACAAACAGGGACAGAAUCCAAAUGCCAGACUGGUAUGUCUUUAAGCACUUUAUGGUAACUUCUUUUCAAAGGAUAUAUAAACCUAGAUGUGCAAGAUCAUACACCAGAUGGUUAAAGGUGUGACAAGUGGAAUGCCAGCUAUUUUGCCGUAAGACUUUCUCAGUUGUUUGAAAGGAAAUAAAAAUUGUAAGCUUCAAAUCAGCAUUUCCGUUAUUAAUACCAUUAUUAAUGUAGGAAGUCCACCUUCCUUAGCUGAGGGGCAUCACAGAGUUGCACGCACCUCUGCUCCGUACCAGGCCCUCCCGACCGCUGCGGUGUGCGCAAGAUGUCCAUUCCCUGCGCUCGGGUGCGCCUUCCGCGGCCGUCUCGUCCCCACCGGGACGCAGCGCUGCAGCGAAGGCUCCUAUGCUCCCCCUCCUGGGGCUCUGAAGUUCCGCGGCUGCUUUCCUCGCAAAGUUACGGCCCCGUGUGCUUCGAAGCGAGGAGCAGGCGCUACACGACGGAUUUUGCAGAUGGAGGCAGGAGCUGCGUGGAAGCAGAGCACGUCGCCUGGCUGUCCAGAGGGCAGCCCGUUUGUGACAGACACAGCGGCUCCAACUCUCCUCCGCUGGGAAAGAUCGGAAGGCCCCCUGGUUCCACAUCGAAGGAUCUUGCCCUGCAGUCUCACCCCCGUACGCAUGGAAGAAGCCUGUCCCCCCAUCUCCGUGGGGCACAGCCCGGGUCGCUCUCUCCAGCCACCAGGCUGAACUUGCAAACUCGGGCAGCUGGCACUAUGCAUUUACUGCACUCUGCCUAAAUGGCAUUUGACAUUAUUAAUCACGCAAUUAAACAAGGAUUAAAAUAAAGGGCAAACAAACUAGCUGGAUGGCUGCUCUGAAGGCAGUUUUCAUGGUUUUGGGAGCAAGUACAUCGUUUGCACCAGAAAGGGCAGAGUCGUAUUGAGGAAGGACCACUAGCAGCGUUAAAAGCGACCACAAUGGAGUGAGCGCGUGUGCUGGCCGCUCAGCACAUCCAUCACACUGGCCCCGGACGCACCACGCCGUCUCCCACCCUUCCACGCGCUCUCAGACAUCUCGCAGCGCUCGGAUCCCCGAGUUUCUGGGAAAUACAUUUAGCCCUAAUUUUUGUGACAGAUGGAGUUGAUAGUCUCAGGAUGAAAAAAAAAAAAAAAAAAAAAAAGCGCCAGUUUUGACAGGCAGCAGAUUCCGCUGCCCCUGGCGGUCGGAGGCGAUGGUGCUCUGGAAUUAAGGUAGCACGAACUUGAAAGGCAGAGGGUAAACGCGGCACUGUUCAUUUUGUUUUGCUCCUCUCCUUGCACCUGGAUGUGAGCACUGCCGUGUCUAGUUCCUUAAAAGCAAAUUAAAAGCACGGAGAGUACAACUGGUGGGCAGGGCGGUUUUCUUUCUGUGAAAAUCCUCUUAGCUAGCAGGUUUCAAACCAGCUUCUAUUGGUGGGCAGACCUGCCCGAAGUACCACACAACUACACUGAUCCUCGCCGCACUUCCGCUGGUCAGGAUCCUACGUCCGCGCACAACCACUACAGGCAGUAAGCUGAGCUUGGUGUGUGUACCAUUGGUAGGGUGUAUUAAGUGGCACUGCUGAGGACACAGCAAGCCGCAGUACUUACAUGGUUGCAGGACCCCGCUACCAGCACGUCGGGACGGAGAACGGACAAAGCCACCCUCCGGAGCCCGGAGCCCCAGCCUCGCCCCCACGUGAGCCGAACGGAGCGCGGCCUCCGCUCCGCUCGGGGAUGUGCCUUCGCCCCGUGGCUGCGCAGGACCGCGCCGCCUUAACGGGAGGAGGGGCUCCUCGGGGGGACUGUCAUUCUCCUUAAGCCUUUCCUUUCAAGCUUUGAAUGUGAGCUGCCCUCCAGCCCCCCUUUUCGCUUCCCUCACUCCAGCAGAUCGUAAAGAGAGGAGGGAGGGGAGGGAAAAAAAAAAAAAAAAAAAAAAGUUUCAACAACAGGCUGGGCCAAUGGCAAGUCGCAGAGCUGGAAAAGGGGGCCGAGCGAAGGGAGAAAAAAGUGGAGAAAAGGAGAAAGAGAGCAAGAGAGCGCAGGCUGGGGGAUGUGUAAAAGAAGAAGCGUUGCAAAUUUUUUUUGUUUGUUUGCUUUUCCAUGCAUGCAUAAUGAGGCCUAAUCAGAGCACGUUGCCGCUGCUCGGAAGGCACUUUUGUAUUUAAAGCCUUGCAAAGAAAAAAAGAUCCGCAGACGGAUCCGCAGAACAGCUUGCAGGGCUUGUUGACAACAGCAGCAGCAUCAGUCGCCCAGAGAGAAAGAGACCUCGAAGCCGGCCUUCCUGCCUUCCCCGCGCUGCCUACGCGCUGACGGGGAGAGAUUUCUCUUCUCUGCUGCCCGAAGUGCGACCCGAGCCCAAGGGAGCAAGCAGAGCCGGCACCGCCUGCGGGAUCGGAGCGGCUGGCAUGUGCAGAGAUGCUGCGAGCGGAGAGUUAAGAGCUCACGAGAAGGCAGCGGCAGCAGCCGGGCAUUUAUUUUGUGCAAAAAAAAAAAAAAAAGAAAAGCGAAAGAGACACGGAAUUGCAUGAGGAUCGGGUCAGCACCAUGAGUUCUCCCGACGCCGCCUUCAAGUCCCCAAGUGCACUCCGAAGCCGCGCUCCUCCGCGCGCCGCUCUGCGCUGAGCUCCACGCCGCCGCGGAGCCGCCGAGCCGAACCAGACCGAGCCGGGCCGGGAUCAGCGCCUGCGGCGCUCGGGGCGGCCCGGGGCGAACGCUUCGCACCGCGGCUCCGCCGUUUUCAGCGACAGGGGGCCGCAGCCCGCGCGGAUGGAUUGAUGCGAGGAGACCUCAUGCGCACGGCCGGCGGGAGUUCUGCAAACUUUCCGAGCGGCGGCAGCUCCUUCUCUUCUUCAUUCUCCUCGCCCGGCGGCUCCUCUCCCCCGCUACCCCGCGGCAGCAGCCGCCUCCGCCGCCCGCGAUGCCGGCCCGCCCGCCCGCCUGGCUGUGGCUGGCGGCGGCGCUGGGCGCCGUGUGGCCGCCCCGGAGCUCUCCGGUGCAGGGCCGGCGGCUGAUCUGCUGGCAGGCGGUGCUGCAGUGUCAGGGGGAGCCCGAGUGCAGCUACGCUUACAACCAGUACGCCGAGGCGUGCGCCUCGGUGCUCCUACAGCAGCAGCCGGCGGUGGGCGGCGGGGACGGGCCGGCGGCCGCCGCAGCCUCGGCCGCCUCCCGGCGGCGGUGCCCCAGCCACUGCAUCGCGGCCCUCAUCCAGCUCAACCACACCCGGCGCGGCCCGGCGCUGGAGGACUGCGACUGCGCGCAGGACGAGAACUGCCGCGCUACCAAGCGCGCCAUCGAGCCCUGCCUGCCCCGCACCAGCAGCCCCGCGGCCGGCGGCGCGGGGGGCGGCGGGCCCGGCGGCGGCGCGGGGGGCGGCCCCGGCGUGAUGGGCUGCACGGAGGCGCGGCGGCGCUGUGACUGGGACAGCCGCUGCAGCCAGGCGCUCAACCGCUAUAUGGCCUACUGCGGGAAGCUGUUCAACGGGCUGCGCUGCACGCCCGAGUGCCGCGCCGUCAUCGAGGACAUGCUGGCCGUGCCCAAGGCCGUGCUGCUCAACGACUGCGUCUGCGACGGGCUGGAGCGGCCCAUCUGCGAGUCGGUCAAGGAGAACAUGGCCCGCCUCUGCUUCGGCGCCGACGUGGGCAGCAACGGCGCGGGCAGCAGCGGAGGUUCGGACGGCGGCCUGGAGGAAUACUACGACGAGGACUACGAGGAGGAGCUGAGCCAGAAGGGGAGGGACGAAGCUGAGGACAAUGCGGGCCCGGAGCCCGGCUUCCCCAUGCAGGCGGAUGGUGCCGGCCGGGACUCCGGCGCGGCCUUGGCGCUGCUGGCCUCCAUCUUGCUGCCGCUUCUACCGCCGCUCUAGCCUCCCGCCCGGCCCUGGCCACGGCUUCGGCCCCGGGCAGGGCUUCCCCGCUUCCAGGCGAGCGGACAGUUAGUCCCGCCGUUAUCCGGGCGCCUCCCCUGCGUGUCUGUCCCCGUGUGCACUAUGCAAUGCGUCCCGGCCGCCUGGCGCUGCGGCCCGCGGUGAGGUGAGGGGAAGGACCUUAAAUCGGCUCCCCGCCGCCUCGGAGGGAGGGAGAGGAAGAGAGGGCACGGCCGCGUGUCUGUAGCGAUUUGACAUGAAGGUUAGAAAGAGGCGAGGUGCCCAAAUUGCUGCCAAAGCUAUUGCCCGGCAACCUGACUGUCACUCGGUACCGCUGUGCCCGGUGCUGCGCUGCAUCUGCCGCUCACUGAGCUUAGGAGAGCACCGGCUGAGCGAGGUGAGGUGGUUCGCAGCGCUGCCUCUUGCACACAAGUCUGCCCUAACGCAGCGGGCCGGCAGCCGCCUCUCCUAACCUAGGGGCACACAAAAAUGAUUCUUUUCAAAGAGAGUUGUUGGCUGUCGCAAACAAUGCAACUUGUCUUCCAAAAGAGCUCUGCACUGCCAUCUUCGAAAGACACUUUUAAACUCAGAACAUGUAUGUUCACAUAUGCUGAGAAGCUAUAUUGCCUCUUGUAUCAGGGUGCUGACCUCUGGUAAAUCUUUAUAUAGAGAUGUAUUUAAAACUGGGAUUUGUUACCAGUCGCUCUUCUUUGUUUAUACAAUUUUAUAAAUUGUAUGCUUUUGGGGAUAAUUUAUUUAAGAAAAAAAAAGUUUUAAAUCCACAUCCUAUUUGCCAGGUAAUCACAUGCGCUAGUCAUUUCUGGAAAGGUACAGGUUUUGUUUUAUGUGUAAAGGGAUACCAGCAGCAACGAUUCACUGAUGUAUUUUCUAGAACACCGAAUGUACAGUGUAUUUUAUAGAUUUGGAGUUAACAUUCUUAUUUGGAGAGACUUUAUGAACACUGUAGAAUUGUAUGUACACAUUUCUGAGCUGCCUUAAACCUAGUAUUUUUUAUAGAAGGCAUAACAAAGGCCUGUGUUUCAAAUAUGUAUGGCUUUUUGUACUUUAUAAAUGUUUAAAUUAGUAAAGAAAGAGCUUUAAAUAAUGGAUGUGGUGAAAUUGUUUUCCAGGGACACUUGAACUCUCAGCUCCUGAGAUUGGAAGGAGGGGGAGAGCAGGGGAGGGGAGGACGGGAGCCAACCGCAGAACAACAAACCAAAAACAACCAACAAGCAAAAAUCUGUGCCUGCCUGUAAUACUUUACAUAGAUGUAAAUUACUGGUAUUCUUACUUUAAUGAAUAAUUACGUGCAACAAGUAAAUACGGCUUUGAAAAUACUA